CCAAUUGGAAGUAGUUUACCAGAUCAAAUGCCAUUAAAUAUUUUUAAAUAAUUGAUCAACUCGCCGUAGGCCUACGAUAAUGGACGUACAAAGUUUGCUUGAUGCUAGAACAGCAAGGAAGGGGCUCUCUCUAACAAUGGGGGCGGCCAUUUUUUAUUGUUGGCAUUUGUUUACAUUGCUCUCACAUGGGUUCCUCUGUCACGUUUUGUCCGGAAUGUUCACGUAUGAGUGUUUUGUAUCGAUAACACGAGGGGUGUGCUCUGUGAGAUGUUAAUGGGCCGAUAUGGCGUAAAGUUGCUCCGAGAGGGAAUGGAAACACAACAACCUACAGGGGAACAAAAUGGCGGACGCGGAGGUGUCAUCCCAAAGUGGAGGCUAUGACGUGGAAUUAUUUGUGGAGACACCAGACUAUGAUCUCAUCUGCACCAUAUGCCAGGGGGUGCUUCGUUGUCCUGUCCGAGCAGCGUGCCACCACAUUUUCUGCAAGAAAUGCAUUUUACAAUGGCUCAAGAGACAGGAGACUUGCCCUUGCUGCAGAAAGCCAAUUAACGCAUGCAUGAUCUUUGUCAUGUUCAAACUCAGCAAGUCAAUCGGGCGCAUGAAGAUAAAGUUGUGUGUGUGUGCUCUUCUACAGUGUAAGAAUGAGAUCCGUGGUUGUGCAGUGACAUUCCCCCUGUCAGAGCAGUACUGCCACAGCAUGAGCUGCUUGUACGAGCUCAUCCCUUGCCCCUAUCAAGGCUGCCGCGCUCAGCUCCUUCGCCGCGACCUAGACGCUCACUCGCGUCACUGCGAGCAUUGGCGCCAGCCCUGCCACAUGGGCUGCGGCACCAUGCUCUCCCACCGCACUCGGGCUCAGCACAACUGUUACAUGCAGCUGAAGCAGCAGUAUGAGGCCCGGCGCAGGAACCACGGGGCCAUCGCCGCCGCCCUGCAGAAGAAGAUGAGGAGAAUGCAGAGCACAAUGACCCACAUGAAGCGGCAGAUAGGGUUGAUAUGCGAGAGCCUGGAGGUGAUGGAUGACCUAAACGAGGUGGAAGAGGACUUGGGUGAGGGCAGCUCCAGCUCCACUGGGACGUCUGGUAGCGAUGGCAACAUCUGAGAGAAGAAUACAGGCCUCUCUAUUUGUACAUGUGUUCAUUUCAUUGAUGAUGUGUGCUGGAAAAUGCAGGCAUCAUCACAUUAUAUGGAGGGAUUGUGCUGUUUUACAUAUUUAUAUUGUAAAUAUAAUAUAUAUAAUAAAUUACAAAUUGAUUGGUUUAUCUCAAUUGAUUGGUUUAUCUCAAAACAGAAUUAGUAAAAAAUUGGCAGU